UCGUUGCUCGCGCAGAUGCUGGCUUGGAUGUCACACCUCGGGGAUUGGUUGCUCCCAUUCAAACUCGUACAGUAUGCCGCUCGUUUCCGAGACAUUCAGACUGCACUGCUUUCUGUUUCAGCAUUUAUCUGAGUGCCAUCGAUAUGGUCAGUCCUUAUAACCUACAAAUUGUUGAAGGCUCUCGUCCCAGAUCUCCUCCGAAGCACUAGCGUCUUCUUGCUCGCCAUGCUUCAGGCCCUACAAACCCUCCCCGUCGACGAUAACGGCACCAAGCUAGCGUAUCUCGACAGUGGCGUGCCAUCCCACACCUCUCCUUUCGGUAAUCGGUAUAUUACCAUCUUCGCCCUCCAUGGCAUGGCCUUUACCUGUCAUGCGUUUGAGAAAAUAGCAAUUGUGGCAAGUAGUGCAGGUGUACGUUUCGUUGCAAUCUCGCGCAGAGAUUACCCUGGCUCUACGCCCCUGUCUGCGACCGAUCUGAGAGUCCUCAAUGAUGGAACCGAUGAAGAGAAGGCUCAGCAUGUGCGCAACCGCGGUGUCGAGAUUGCCACCUUCAUCGACAAGUUCGUCGAGCAGAAUGAACUCCCUCCGCCAGACGAGAAAGGAAGUGGUGGCGGGUUUGCGAUCCUGGGAUGGUCACUCGGAGGCACGCAUGCUUUUGCUACAGUGACGAAUAUUGACGCUCUCGCCGAUGCGGCAAGGGCUCGCUUCGCUCAUUAUAUGCGCUUGCUUAUUAUGCUCGAAGUACCCGACCUCCCCAUUGGAAUAACCCCUGCUCCCAAGUCGUGGGGCCCCACUCAGUACAAGAGCAUCCCGCUCGAUUUGCGACUACCUUUUUUCAGCGGCUGGAUCACCUCAUAUUUUACCCAUGGUGACUUGAGCAAGCGCGACAUCGACGAAAUAGAGUAUAUCGUGCCGUCCCCCGCAGGAGUGCCAAGCAUCUACAACAUGUCCGCGGAGCAACGAGCGGCGAUUGUAUACAAUGACUGUGCAUUGACGAGCGAGAUACCGCUGAUGACAUGCUGUGCCGCGCAGUUACACGCGACGUAUGAAAAGGCCGCGUUCAGCAAAAAGCUCAGAGAAAUUUUGCCCAAUAUGAAGGUGUUGUCGCUGGUCGGCGAUUCUGCAGCGUCUUUUACGUUGGUGGCCAUGUUCGUCAUGGAAAAAGACGACGCGGCACACGGAGGCGGGAAUAUCCAGUUCCGGCUCAUCGAGGGCGGAAAUCAUCUUAUGUUUUGGGAUAAGCCGGAAGUGACUCUGAGGACGAUACUAGAUACCAUGGUAUAGACUUCUGGCGAAGCUAAUUGCACGGUCUCGAUAUUAACGUCUGCCAUUGCUGAGUCUGCACAACACUAGGUGGAAGCAUCAGGAUCACAAUCUUUAGGUCAGAAUGUGAGCAAGCUUGGGCAGCGGUAGCAUUCCGGCACAAAUAAGACCCCACCCGCAUGUUCGUCACUCUCGCUGUUGCCGCCAAACUCCCGCUGACUCCACCGUGU